AUGUCUUCUGAUCCAAUUCCUAUCAGAGCAUAUGUUGAGGAGCUAGAGAAACGCGUUCAGGACAUGGAAAUGCGGUUACAAGACCGAACUCUAGAUGCGUUGAGGCAAGAAUCCUUAUCAGAAAACAAGAGGAACUCUCCUGUCCAACCUUCGGCAGCCGCUGGCACCAGCACCAGCGCUAAUUUUGAACCCAACGCUAUCGAGAGUCAGUCCUAUCUCACAUCGCCUUCUAGGUCCCCGCUAGGGGAAGAUAAUGCUCAGCCAAGUACGGACAGUGAAGCUAUCCAGGCUCCCUACGUCAUCAACGCCGAGGGAACAAAGAUGCGAUUUUUCGGAGCAUCUUCUGGGUUCUCAAUGACUUCACCCCAAACCCUAAAUGGGCUAGAAGGCGAAAAACGAUCUGGAGCGUGGAUGGCCACUAGUCAAAAAACAGCCCCUAGGUGGCAAUUGUCCAGUUGGUAUCCUCGCAUUCUGCAGGGCGAUCCUGGGCAGCGCGCUUUCCAGCAAUUGCCUCCCAGACCAAUCACACUACAGCUUGUAAGCGAGUACUUUGGUAGCUUCAAUAGAGCAAUCCCGCUGUUCGAUGAAUCUACGUUUACGAGAUUAGUGGAUAAACAGUUUGGUUGGAGUCCCGAUGAAAGUCCCUCGUGGUGGGCAUCCCUGAAUGUUGUGCUUGCAUCUGCCUACAGGGAAAGGGCACAAAGGUUACCUGAUGGAAGUGAAGAAUGGCAGAAGUCAAUGGGACACAUCAGGAAUGCUCUAAACGUGAUUGUAGAAUUUUUCAUGCGUGCUGCGGACUUACUUGCUGUUCAAGCAAUGUUGGGACUCGCACUUCUCUUCCAAAAUACACCAAAUCCUCAGCCGCUCUUCAUGUUUGCGGCAGCGGCAAUGCGACUUUCACAGUCUAUUGGGCUACAUCGCAAUCAGACAUUGGGACUAUCUCCAUCGCAGAUUGAGGAGCGGCGGAGAACAUUUUGGAUUGCAUUCAUCCUCGAUGCGGAAAUCUCUCAUCGAACCGGGCGGCCACCGGUGCAGGAUGUGAACGAUUUCGACACCCCACUACCUUCCAACAAGCCUCAAGACGGACUAGGAAUUGUAAAUGUUUGUGGUGCCCACCUUGACUACUUCCACCUGUUGGCACAGUUUUCGUUGAUCCAACGACGCCUGUACGACCGUCUUUAUAUCACCAACGUCAAGACGAAGACCGCCCGAGAUCUUAUCCGAGACUUAAACACUAGUGAGCAUGAUCUUCUCGAAUGGCGGACCUCUUUUGAAAAGCAUUACGAUCCAGAAAUGGCGUUCUCGAAUACAUCUGAUUAUCAUCUUCAGCAUGUCCUCAGAUUAGACCUCGCCUAUCAUUGCUGCUAUGCCAAGCUUUACCAACUCUGUAUUCAUGCUCGACGAUCAAUGGCCCGAGCUGCAAAGGACUUGGAAGAUUUCGCAGCUUUGGGUAAGGAAGUAGAUGAUAUGCUUGUGAGGUCUUUGGAAUGUGCGAGGUCUGCAGUUCAACUGAUAAAACAUGGUAGUGUAUUUGGGUCCUGCUUCAUAUGGGGUGUCAUUUACUUCCCUGCUGCUGCAUCAAUGACCUUGUUAUCGAACUUGCUGGGGAGUAGCUCUCAUCAACAUUCCGUGGCUGAUCUUGCCAUGGCUCAGGAAACCAUAAACUUGCUUUCUAAAUUAUCAUCUGAAGAGCCAGGCACAUAUGUUGAUCACAUCCUCGAGGUGUGUACCGAUCUAAAAAGUGCAGCCAAGCAGGCCAUAAGUCGAGCCGAGCAAAACAUCUCCCAGCGAUCGAUGGGGAAUAUCAGCAACACUCAGUCUUCUAGAAACAAAACCGGCGAUCCGGUAAAUGGAUUUUCUGAACUGGCUAGUCCAGGUUUAGUUGCACCUUCAUCCGGGGAUGCGGAUCCGACCGGAAGUAGUACUAUUUUACAAAACUAUGACAUGCCCUCGGUGGAUCCAACCUUUGACUUGGCCAUGAAUUUUCAAUGGCCUAUUGCCCCUUUCUGGAACUGGGAUGACAUGGUGUCUAGCACAUCCGAUGGUGGAAUAGACAAUGGACGAUUAUUAUAG